AUGGCGUCCAGCCCGGCGGUAAAGCGUCCGCGAGUGGAACAAUGCCCCAACUCCAAACCGUGGGUGGAAAAGUACCGCCCAAAGUCACUGGACGAUGUGAAAUCGCAGGAGGAGGCGGUGCGAGCAUUACGCGCCAGUCUUAACCGCGGGGCUAGCAUGCCACAUUUUCUCUUUCACGGCCCACCAGGUACUGGUAAAACAACUGCUAUCCUUGCUGUGGCACAGGAGUUAUUCGGUCCUGAUUACGUACAUAGCCGUGUGCGAGAGUUAAAUGCAAGUGAUGAUCGUGGUAUUCAGGUUAUUCGCGAAAAGGUUAAAGUUUUUGCCCAGACGGCCGUUGGAAAUGUGGGGCAGAAGGUACAGUCUGAUGGUAAGGUAUACCCUGUUCCACCAUUUAAACUUAUUAUUUUGGAUGAGGCUGAUGCUUUGUUGCCGGACGCACAAGCUGCAUUACGUAGAAUGAUGGAAGACUUCAGUGAUGUGACUCGCUUCUGUAUUCUUUGUAAUUAUGUUAGUCGUAUUAUUGAUCCUAUUGCAAGUCGUUGUGCAAAAUAUCGCUUCAAACCUCUGGUAAAACAUGCUUUACAUGAACGCAUUCGUGAAAUUGCUCAGAUGGAGCAAUUAGAAUUAUCAGAUGCCUCUUUAGAAGCUUUAGAUCGUGUAAGCGGUGGAGAUUUACGAUCGGCUAUCAUGUUCUUACAGUAUGCACAAAAAGCACAUGGAAAUGAUCUCACACAAGAAGAUUUCGUAGCAGUUUCAGGUGGUGUUCCAACAGAUAUUAUGCAAAAAUACACAUCUGCACUUGUUUCAAAAAAUUUUGAUAACAUGUAUGCUAUGACGAAAGAUCUUGUAGGACAGGGUUACCCUGCUAGUCAAGUUCUCACACAGCUACAGCAGUUCAUAGUUAGUUCAGCUUGUCCUUUGAACUCGGCACAACGAGGAGCCAUUGCUUUGAAAAUUUGUGAUGUAGAAAAGCGCAUCACAGACGGUGGAGAUGAUCUUUUGCAAUUAUUAGAUUUGGGUGCUGCGAUAUGUUCGGUUUGA